GUCACCGCGCCCGGAGUCCGUCUCUCGCGCGCUUUUCUGGUUUGCCUGAUUGUUGUCUGGCGCGCGAAUUUCUGACAGUCCACCGGCUGAACGGCCGGGCGGCGUCGAAAGCGGACGCGGAGCCUCAUGGCGCUGAGGGGCCGCUGCUGGAGCUGAGGAAGGGUCUCGCCAGCCGUGACGGGGAGGCAGAUGGUGGGCAGAAUGGCCGUGGCGGCUGCCUCAAGCGACGGGGACGUGCAGCCAUAUAAAAAACGGAAAGAAGAUGAACCUUCUAUGAAAGCAAUUACAACAUAUUUCUCACCAUUAGGGAAAAAUGUUGAUAGUGUGUUGUCACCACCAAAAUCCAACAAUAUAAUGGAUUAUUUGAAAAGAGCAUCUCCUACAAAUGAGAAGAUUGUUUCACCUGAGUUGGAGAAAGAAAGCAAAACAAACUGUUCAUCUCUGGAAAGUUCUUUAAAGACUUUGUCAAGGCUUAAGAGAAGAGGAAAGAGAUGUAAUUUAAGUAAUCAGUUGAAAGAUAUGAAAACACCUGAGCACAAACUUAUGGUAAAAGUUAAUAGUAGUGAUAGUACAAAAAUGCCCAGUCAAAAGGAAGAGGAAUUCAGAAUUAGUUCAAUUGGUCAUAGUGUUCCUGCAUUGCUUAGCCCCACAGAUCUGAAAGAACUGUCAAACGCUUGCAACAAAAACCCUCUCAACCCCGUUAGUUGCAAAAAUGAAGAAGGAAAAACAAAUAUACAAGAUGGAAACAAGAAGAAUGUAAACAGAUCAAAGAAAAGGAAACAUAAAGAUGAGAUGGACAUGCCCGAAUGUUUUUCUACUGAAACACAACAGAAGGGUCAGUGUAAGGAAGUUGAUGUUAAACAAGUUGCAUCUAGCAAUGAAUCUGAUAAUAAAAGCUUAGGCAGUGUUUUGGGUUCUGAAACCAAUCCACAUGAAACUUCCUAUUUAAAUGGUAGUACUGUAACCAUAUCAUUUGAAGACUUCCUAAAAAGCCAAGGUGAAUAUAAAGUUGAUAAUAUUCCAAAAGCACGAACAUCUGAUAGUAGUAUUGUAUCUGAUGAAACAAUGAGUUGUGAAAAUCAGCAGCUGCCACUUAAGAAAGUAACUGUCCUUGCACAAAUACAUUCUGUCCCUCCAAAGUCUCCCUCUUCUAGGAAAAUAGCUUCUAUCUUUUUAAAGCAAAAAAACAAAGAAGCAAAAAGAUGCAGCAUUUUGUCCACUUCAGAGCUUGAGUAUAUUGAGCAUAUGAGUCAGAAUAGAAAAUCUAAUGUGGUUAUAGCAGAAGAAGAAUUAGAGCUGGCUGUAUUAGACACUGCAAGUUCAGAGACCACAAAGUCAAAAUGCACUGCAGAAGAAAGGUAUCAGUUUAUGAAAGCCUUUAAACAACCAGAAUCUGAGACAGUAAAAAAUGGAACUAAAAAGGGAGCUGGUAAAAUAAAAGAAGUAGGAGAAAAUUCUUCAGAGCUAAAACUAGAGAUGGAAGAAUAUGAGGAUGUUUAUAAUAAAAAAAAUAUUGAAGCAUCAACUGAUUAUGCUGGUAAUGAUUUCCAUAGUAAUAUGGGCAAAAGUGAUAGUACCAGAAUAAGAAAUAAGCUCAAGAGGAAAGUGAUUUUGGAAACAAAGGAGAAUGAUUUAAAUACUAAUGAAAACCAGAACUGCAAUGCUAAUGGUGAAAUUAAAGAAAUAACAUCAAGUGAAAGACAAAGCAUAUCGCCUCAGAAAAACAAUGGCUUGAGAAGAAGUUCACGACAAAAGAAAAGCCAAGAUUCUAUAACUAGUAUAGCUGAAAAAGCAAGGAUUUCAGGGGCUGUUGCUGAAAACACACCAGGAGCUAUUCUUCUACAGGCUUCUACUCCAAGAGCAAUCAAUACAGCCUUUAAUAAAACUGACUUGUAUAAAGCUGAAGUUAUAACUGAACCUUCUGAUUCAAAGAGUCCAAUAAGGAUGAAAUUCAUUCGAAUUAGUACAGCUGAAGGAUUUUCGCAAGAGAGUGUAAAGAUAAGUUCCACUUCUAACAGUAUAUUCAAAGCAAAGAAAUUGGUUGAGAAAGCAAAAGUUUUGCAGCAUCACAGAGCAACAAGAAUUGCUGAGGAGUUACUACGCACACCUCUAAGACGUUCCUCUAGACAGCAGGCUCUUGUUGAAAGGAAAAAGAGGCAGAACUUGGAAGACUCAGUGAAGGACUCAGUGAUUAUUUUGGAUUCAAGCACAAACAAUAACACUACUGUUUUAGGAAGUAUGAACAAAAAGAAACUUCUAAGUUUGAAUGAUGUGUUGGGCAAAAAGACUGGAAAUUUAAAAACUACUAAGAAAUCAGAUGGAAAAGAAAAUGUGUCUUCAUUCAUUAGGAAAAAUGAUCAGAAGCCUACAGUUGAAGCAAUUACUAUUUCUGAGGAAAGCAGUGAAGAUGAUUCUGAAAAUUCUCAAGAUGUCAAGCAAUUCAAAGCAAAACGUGAUUUUUUAAUGAGUGGUUUGCCAGAGACUUUAAAAAGGCAAAUUGCAAAGCAAGCAGCAGCACUGGAAGCAUAUUCUGCAACUAAUUCCUGUUUUCAGACUGUGGUCCAUAUACAGCAAAAAGAUUAUGGAUGCUUGAUGUGGAGACUGGCACCACCCUCUUGCCCCCUCUUAACUAACCUAAGAGAGGUGAAUUCCACAGUAACUGAUGUUGCAAAACUCACUUUUUCACUUGGUGAAUUUUCAGUUUUAAAUACACAACCUAAUAGCACUGAUUCUACAAUAGUUGUGCCGUCUGGGUGGCGACCAGUUUUUUCUGAAAUACAAAGGAAUUGUUUGUUGGAGGAGAUUCAGUCUUCCAACCCCCAUUUUCCGGUGAAACAAUUUUUUGAUCUACUCUUGAAAAAACAAGCUGCUCCUGAAAAUAAUAAGCAAGUAAAGAAAUGUGACACUUCAAGUUCUGAAACAAAUGAACAAGUUGUUAAUCUGAAAGAAACCAAAAGAAAACGAAAAUAUGAUGAUCAAAAAUCCAAAAGAAAGAGGCAAAUGGAAGCACAGACUGAAUUGCCAGACAAAUCGUGCAUAAAACAGACUUUCAAGGAAAAUAAAAUCCAGACACACAAUACAGACAGAACAGAAAAAUCUGGGAUUAUAACAAUAGAAGAUUCUGAAUUUGGAUCAGAAAUUAGUUCUACUUCUGAUUUUGAAAAAGAAGACAUGCUCUGGACAGAAAAAUAUCAGCCACAAAAUUCCAGUGAACUUAUAGGCAACACUGUGGCAGUUAAAAAGCUACACAGGUGGCUUUGUGAAUGGAAAAGAAGAGCUGAUUGGGAAGAAAACCGAACUCUAACAGGAGAAAAGAGUAGCAGUCAACAAGAAUUCUCGGACAGUCUGGACUUUAAAGAUGACAAAUCAGACAGUGAGGAAGAGGCUGUUCUGUGCAAUACUAUGCUUCUUGUUGGUCCUCCAGGCAUAGGGAAAACUGCAGCAGUUUAUGCUUGUGCACAGGAGCUUGGCUUCAAGGUAUUUGAAGUCAAUGCUUCUUGUCAGCGUAGUGGAAGGCAAAUUCUCUCUCAGCUGAAAGAGGCUACUCAGUCUCAUCAGGUGGACAAGCAAAGUAUACAUUCUCAUAAACCAUGCUUCUUUAACAAUUACAUUAGCACUAAAUCACCAAAAAAAAACUCUCCCGGAAAAGAGUGGUCACCGAGAAAGUCUCCAGUUUCACCCAGAAAAGUUGGAUUAAAGCAAGGCUUGGAGUCCAAAACACUAGCACACUAUUUCAAAAUUUCUUCAAAGUCUAAGAAUAAAGAAGAGAAAGUGCAAGGAAGCAAUAAAGAAAAUAAGCAGAGUUUAUCUGGAGAAAAAAUACAGAUAAAUUCAAUUAAAAGAGCAAUGAAAGAAGAGGAAUCCAGUAAAAAAUAUGCUACUUCUCUGAUUCUCUUUGAAGAGGUUGAUAUAAUAUUUGAUGAAGAUGUUGGAUUCUUAAAUGCAAUAAAGACUUUCAUGACAACUACAAAGAGACCUGUCAUUCUUACUACCAAUGAUCCAUCAUUUAGUUUAAUAUUUGAUGGCUACUUUGAAGAAAUCACCUUCAGUGCCCCUUCUUUGAUGAAUGUUGCUAGCUACCUUCAAGUUCUCUGUUUGACUGAGAAUUUAAGAAUGGAUAUAAGAGAUUCUGUUGCAUUAUUAAGUACAAAUAACUGUGACAUCAGACAAAGUAUUCUGCACUUACAGUUCUGGGUUAGGAGUGGUGGUGGCUACUUGAAAGAAAAAGGGGAAUGGGAAGAGGUAAGUGGCACACCACCAGUUACUUGCGUUGAAGAACCAACUAGCUCCGAGAUGAGUAAGCUUGGCCCUGCAAAUAUUCCAAAGCAUGAGACUGGCUGCAUUGAGAACUUGCUUGGCCUUAAGAACAUCUUUUUGCCUUCAGAAGAUUUGUUCUCAUUUCUUAAGCAUGAAAUCACAACAAAAGAAGAAUGGAGUAAGCUGACACAUCUGCUCACAGAAUUCCAGAUGAAGAAUAUAGACUUUAUUUACAGCAAUCUUGAAAUCCUUUUACCUUUACCAAUUAAUAUAAUUCCAGAACCAAUGCAAAAGAAUAAUCUCACACACACUCUAGCAGAAAACUCUUCAAAUAAUAAACUUAUCAACAGUGAUUGCUUGGAGCAAAGUAACAGUGUGAAAAAGUCUAAGCAGACAAAGCACCAAAGAAAAAUGGUUUUACUGGAUGAUAGUGAUUUAUUUGAGAGUGAACUAGACUACUCAGGGUUCAUUACUAUGCCAUCAGAUAUGCCUAGCUCAUGCCUGGAAGAAAAAAAGGACAAAGUGGAACCUGUAAGUAGUAGCACAGUGACACCGAGUAGUGGAACAUCAGUAAAAGCAACAGGCUCCGCUUCUGCAUUCCAGUGUCUAAAUUCAUUAACCGAAUUUGUGGACAACAUGUCUUUCUUGGACUGUUGCUUCAACAGGAGGACUCCGGAGUCAAAACUGUCUUGUAAAUAUGAGGAAUUUGUUUGGACAAAAGGGAAGAUCAAAAAUGGUCUACUGGAUGAGUUUAGUGCUGAGCAUGCCAACUGGUGGAAUUCACAGAGCUGUAGUGAAUUGAAAGCAACUGUGGAAGCAUUAAAUUUUAAAAAAUGCUUUAAGAAUAUUUCACAAAUGAUGGAAAGGUACUUGAACUCUGACAGAACAGUUGGGAAGGAUGAAUAUGAAGAACUUACACUCCAUGUUUCAAAAGACCGAGCCAAUUUGUACUUUGGCCAGUCAGCAGCUAAUUCCAGUGUUCAGCAUAAUGCACAAAAAAGGCUGGAAAUAAUCAAAACUGUAUUUUCCAAUAGAACUUCUUUAAACAUUAGUAACACACAAGCCAGCACGUUGGAAUACCUGCCUAUACUCCGCAGCAUCUGCAAAUCAGAAAAACAGAAACAACAAGGAAAAACAAAACGAAGAUUUCUCCACUACCUUGAAGGAAUACAUCUUCCCAAAGAAAUUUUGAACAGUCUGGCAAGUGACUUUCCUUAAAAUGGCUGCAAAUAGUGACUUUGAAUAUACAGAAAUGUAUAUUUUUAUAUGUACAGAGUACUGUUUAUAUUUUGAAUCUUUUAAGUAUUUAAAAAUGCAGACUGUAUAUAUCUUCCAUCAAGGUGCUUUCCAUAUACCAAAUGUGGUCUUUGUUGGAGUUGAAAUCUGAAUCAGAUGAAUUAAAAUUUAACCUGAAUUUUGAAGUACAACAAGCCUAUUGCAACAACUACUGGACUGAUGUUAACCUUUUAGGAUGUGGAUUCUCUGUUGCAAAAUGUUUUAUCCAUUAGCUGCAAUUUCAUGUAUUCUGGACAGUAUUUAAAUCUGUUCUAAUUUCCCUUUAAAUACAGGACUUAUCAAAACAUUAGUUAAAUGAUAUCACUAAACUGCUUUUGGGUUGCAUGUGUGCUUACGGAUAGAGACUGGUGGGUUUGUCUUCAGAGUUGAAAGACCUUUGAUCACUGUCAUUUUUUAAAUAGUCAGUUUUGUGUUACUUUAUGCCAACAGUUGUUCUGUGUUGUGUAGUAAUAUUUAUCUGUAAUCCUGCACAUCUUAUUUUUAUACUGUACAUUAUAUAUUUACCACUACA